GAGCUCCGAGCGGGCGGAGAGGACGCGGCUGUCUUUACCUUGCCUGUCCUUACCCCUUCGCGGACUUCGGGGUUCCCCCCGACUCAACCCAAGCCUCCCUCUUGCGUUGUGUCCAGAAGCCGGAGCGGUCCACGAUGAGCCGCUUGACCCAGAACUUGCUGGAGGUGAUGAAGUCGAUGGCCCGUGUCCCCGGUUUUGACAGAGUUUUGGAAAAGGUGACUCUUGUCUCUGCUGUCCCUGGGAAAGUGAUUUGUGAAAUGAAAGUAGAAGACGCCCACACCAACAGAUUAGGCACUCUGCACGGUGGUAUGACAGCCACCUUAGUGGAUAACAUAUCAACAAUGGCUCUGCUGUGCACUGAGAGGGGAGCGCCGGGAGUUAGUGUGGAUAUGAACAUAACGUACAUGUCGCCUGCUAAAAUAGGAGAAGACAUCGUGAUAACGGCGCACGUUCUGAAGCAAGGCAAAACACUUGCAUUUGCCUCUGUGGAGCUGAUGAACAAGACCACGGGGAAACUAGUGGCACAAGGCAGACACACCAAACACCUGGGAAAUCAAGGCCUGCAGGCUGACUUCAAAGACACCAAACAAUGAAGACCAAGUGUAAAGCUGACUUGUAACAAAUGUAACUUUCAAAAUAAAUUAGCACAACCAGAAA